AUGACUGAAAUGUGGCAGCGGCACUCGAAGCCUGUACAGCUAGCCUUCGCAAAAUUCAAAGCAACUUUCGACUUUGUUCAAUUCUUCAAUAUUCGCGCUGAUGGUGUUCCGAGAAAGUUAACUCGCCUAAUCGAGGACAUGAAUAAAAGAAGUACUGCUGCUGUUCGAACACUAGCUGAGCGUACUUCAUCAUUCGAAAUGGAAGCUGGAGUACGACAAGGGGCUGUCGCACGAUCUUUCUAG